UAUAUCUAAUUCUUUUGUGUUCAAAACCAAACCCCUUAUAUAGUCCCAGAAACCGGAUUGAUUGGAAGGGACAACAAUGUCUGAAACUCGUUCUGAUUGGUCCAAGUUAUGUCCCGAUCUUUUACGAUCGAUCUUCGGACGCUUAAUAAUUUCUAAAGACUUUUACAGAUCGAGAACCGUUUGUUCAGACUGGUAUUCCGUUUCGACCACCUGUGUGCCAACUGCGUAUCCAUGGCGAAUUUUACUCGACGAAGACUCUACGUUGUUGUUCGACCCAGGAGAAGACAAUAUUUACGAGAUCGGACAUCCCGAACUUGACUUACUUAAAACCCAUGUUAUGGCUAGUUGCAGCAACUGGCUCCUUGUUGGACGUGCUGGUCUGAAUCUAUAUCUUCAGAACGUGUUUACUCGCGAGAGGAUCAAUCUUCCUGAGUGUCUGCGUCUUGCCAUCGAAAACUCUUCUUCUUGUCUUUGGAUAAACGAGAGAACGAGGGAUUAUGUUGUAGCUUGCAGUUCCAAACAAGGCUGCUUGUUCUCAUGCAAGAAAGGAGACGUUACGUGGUUGUGUCAUGAACGCAUAGAAUGUGCGUACGUGACGUAUAAAGAUGGCAAGCUUUAUGUGUACACGUUCGAUAGGUGCAUCGAGAUUCUUGAUUUGUCUGGAGAUUUGCUCGUCCAAGGAAACCCGUAUCGUAACCAUCCGUUUCACAUUGAUGAUUCGCAUCCUAAGAGUGUAGUGAUAACGAGCUCAGGGGAGCUUUUGAUCGUUGUGACCUUCAAAGGAGUAAACAAUAGGUAUGUAAAUGAGGUAUUGAACCGUUCUUUUAACGUCUACAAGAUGAAUUUAGAUAAUGGUAACUGGGAGAGAGUCUAUUCUAUUGGAGGUGAGAUGUUGAUAUUUGGUCAUGGAGUCACAAUAAAAGCACCAAUCAAAGGUAUUAAUGGUUGGGGAAUCAAGGGUGAUACAAUCUGUUUCGGUGGUGAUGAAGAAGAUAUUUUCCCAAGUAGUGAUCGUCGUAACAGAACAACUAACUGUGGUGUGUUUGAUCUUGCGACAGAUACACAAACAUCAUUAGAUGUUCCAUUCUUUAAGAGUUUCUGGUUUGUUCCAGAAUACGAAAUCGUUGAUCACGAGACUGGUUUUUUUUUUUUAGUAUGACUUUUGGAUCUUCUAAUUAGUGUCAUCGUUGUAGGGCCUUUAUUGUUUGCUAUAUAAUUUUCAAGUUAAAUCAUUCCUGCAUCUGUGAUUCGUAAGAGGAGAUUAUAUAACAAAGAUGUUUUUUUUUCUGACAUCUGUCCCAAAGUUGGCUAUUAGCUCAAUCCGCAAAGCGUCAUUAUUAAUUCUUGAGGAAACAUCUCCCAGCUACCCCCUUAACUGCCCCAUUUCAGCUUUAGAGCAAUAGCUCAAUCCUCAAAGUAGCAUUACGCAUUAGUUCCAGAGAAAACAUGGGCAAGGAGUAGACCAUUCAUUGCCUCAUCCAACACAAAUAAAUAUACUAGAAACGUAGAGAGGUUCUGUAAGUCACAUAAAUUCGUCGAAACUAUCAAUAUACAUUACGCUAGUAGGUCAAGAAGUUUUAAAAUAGUUGGAGGAGAAGACUAUACGACUAACUGAACGAAAGGCAAAAAAAGAAAAGCCUGUCAGACAACCGUGCGACCACUCCAGAGAGAUCAAGAUCUAACUGGAUAGCGAUCCUCUACAGUGCAGAGCCUCCUAGGAGAAUCCUGACCGUUAAUCACACUCAGAUCGCACAGCCAUGAUUCAUCAACCAGGUUUGAGGGCCUGUCUCCUUAGAAAUCAAGGAUACAGAGGUACGAUCCUAUAGAACAGAUCCUGUUCAAGUAAGGUCGUGACCAACACCUUCGACUCUGCUCUUUAUAAACAGCUUGACUUCUCUGUUUUUUAACGAUGUGGGAUGUAAUAACAACAUUACACGCUAAAUACGUCGUCGUUUUUCUCUCCACAAUGACCUAUUUCCAAUACGCGGUCGUUUCUCCCCUCAGAAAAAAACUAAUACCAAAUACAGUAGGCAGAUGAAGAGACUGAAACAGCUGUAUCUUCUUUGAAUAAUCUCUUCUGAGCCCGUGAUUGCGUUUCAUGAUAAGUUUCCGGUAGAUAAGUUUGUGAUGGCACUUCAUGCUCUGUCUCCACAGCGGCGAAGCUCUUGCCCCAGAAGUUCAUAGUCUCGUUCGCUCUCAAUCGAUUGAUUCCACUUCUGCGUAAUAAUGCGGAAAGCUCUUGGGCUGUCGGAUAAUUUCUCAAGAAGCAGACCCAAGACUUUGGUUCUUGUCAAGCCAAAGAUACUACUGGACCAUCUAGAAACCGUUCUUGGUGGAUUAACUGGUUGUUGUUAACAGAGGUCAUCACAGAUUUGUAUCGUCAUUGCCAAGCUAACAUGACAGGCUCAACUAUGACUCAUAGUCUAUGAGAUAACAUAUCUUUCUCUUCAACAUUCACGUCAAGUACUUUGCACCCAGACACUUGUGAUCAUUUGUGUUCCCUGGAUGUCAGUACCAAUUACCAAACAUCCUUACCAUAUAAUGUCUGGCUGCUUCAGUCUUGGGAGUUAUGGCUAUAUCAGAAUAACCAAAAAAAAAAAAGGAAUAACGCUAUUCCGACGACAUUCCGACGAACUUGUGGUCCUCGGAAAU